AUGGUCAGGCAUGUUGGCCGCGUUCCUCACCGGACUCGCAAGCCCCUCCUCUCACGGCUGGGUGUGCGCGACCCCGCCGCGCGCGGCCUGGCGCUCUCCGGCACCGCCCACGGCGGCGCAGUGCUUUGUCUGAGCGACGAGCGCGAGGCGUUCCCGUUCGCCGCGCUGAUGAUGAGCCUCGGCGCCGCGUGCAGCGUCGGCUUGCUCACCGUUGCCCCUGUGCGGGCGCUCGUGUUGCGUGUCGCGUUGGGACAGGCCGUCCAACUCUGA